AAAAAAAAAAAAAAAAGUAAUUUACAAAUAAUCAUUACGUCAAUCAUGUCGUUGUUUGAUUUUUUUUCUUUGUGACGUUUUCAUUGUGCCCAGGCUUUGCCUGGUCGUCUAUCAAUAAACGGUAAAGAAAAAAAUCCUGAGAAUAAAAAAUUUGCCAAAUUUAUUAAAUUUAUUAUUUUUUAUUUAAAAAAAUAUUUGACUUUGAAGAAGAACAACAAAAAGGACGUACUACAAAAAAAUUUGUCGUUUUAAAAAUACAAAAAAAAAAAAAAUGUCGAUGCAUUAUUAUAGACCUGGAUAUCGUUAUCGUUCAGCAACAACUGUUGCUAGAACAAGUGCAAAUGGUGAAACCCAAGGAUCAGAUAGUGAUGUUGCAGAGUUGAGUGAUCUUGAGGAUGAUGAAGAUGAAGAUGAUGCUGUACGAAUAAGAAUGUCAAAUGAAUUACCAAUUGAUGGAAUUAAUGAAAUUGAUGAAGAGCCUGAUGAUCUAGAAGGAACAAGUGAUAGCAGGUAUGAUGACGACGACGACGACGACGAUGAUGAUGAUGAUGAAGAUGACGAUGAUGAUGAAGAUGAUGAUGAUGAUGAUGAGGGUGGCGUUGCUGGACAAGAGCUACCCUAUCCAGGUUUUAUUCCCAUCGCAUUUCGAUAUCUUGAUCAAAAAACAAAACCGCGCAACUGGUGUCUCGCUCUCAUCACAAAUCCAUGGUUUGAGAGGAUAAGCAUGAUGGUAAUUUUACUUAAUUGCAUCACCCUUGGAAUGUAUCAACCCUGUGUCGAUGACAAAUGUGUCACGAAUCGUUGCAAAAUUUUACAGAUGUUUGAUGAUAUUAUCUUCACAUUUUUUACACUUGAAAUGACCAUUAAAAUGGUGGCAAUGGGUGUCUAUGGAAAAGGCACAUAUCUUGCUGAUUCUUGGAACAGAUUAGACUUUUUUAUUGUUGCUGCAGGGGCUCUUGAGUACUGUCUAAAUGUUGAAAAUAUGAAUUUAUCGGCAAUCCGAACGAUAAGAGUACUCCGACCACUGCGAGCAAUCAACAGAAUACCAAGCAUGAGGAUUCUCGUGAUGUUACUACUUGACACACUACCAAUGCUUGGAAAUGUUUUGCUACUGUGUUUCUUCGUUUUUUUCAUAUUUGGAAUAAUUGGAGUACAAUUAUGGGAAGGUAUAUUACGACAACGAUGUUUUUUAAAAGCUCUACCAAACAUCAAAUAUCCAGAGUUACUCUCGGACGAGUACUCGGUUCGAUCACGCAUUUAUGACCUAGAAAAAUAUUUCGAGUAUCAGGGACAGGAUUACAUAUGCUCAAGGCCAGAUGAUAAUGGUAUGCACACGUGUGACAAUCUUCCACCACUAAAAUUAGGUGACAUAAUAUGCAACAGCACAGCUCUGCCAAAUAGCAAUGUUACUUUUAUAACAAACACAACAUGUGUCAAUUGGAAUUAUUACUAUACCGAGUGCAAAGGCCAGGGUAAUAAUCCAUUUCAGGGUACAAUAUCAUUUGAUAAUAUUGGUCUUGCAUGGGUUGCAAUAUUUUUGGUAAUAAGUCUUGAAGGUUGGACAGACAUAAUGUAUUACGUACAAGAUGCACAUUCAUUUUGGGAUUGGAUAUAUUUUGUUUUAUUGAUUGUGAUUGGCUCGUUUUUCAUGAUAAAUCUAUGCCUGGUUGUGAUAGCCACCCAAUUUUCUGAAACAAAGAAACGCGAAAUGGAACGAAUGCGAUUGGAACGUGCGAGAUUUCAUUCUACAAGUACAUUGGCAUCAUCAACAAAUACAUCAGAACCUAAUACAUGUUAUGCUGAAAUUGUCAAAUAUAUUGGACAUCUUUGGAGAAAAGGUAAACGAAGUUUUGGAAAAAAAUAUAGACUAUGGAAAUAUAGAAGACAACAAAAAAAUGAAAAUCAUUUAUUACGUGAUCAACAACAUAUUUGUCCGAAUAUUGUUAAUUUAAGAACAAAUCGUUGUGCAAAUAGCAGUGAUCGUAGAAUUCAUCAUAGUAGAUGUCCUCGUUAUUCUUCAAUGAUGGAAAGAUGUGAUCGCAAUUUAUCAAAUGAAAAUUGUGAAAAUAUUUUAACUGGUGGUAAUUUAAUUGCCCAAGCACCACGUGCAAGUCCAGAAGUUUCAGAAACUGAUAUUUCAUCACAUCAAUGUUAUAGCCAUCGUGCAAGUAUACAUCGUUUACCGUCCUUAACAAUAAAUAAUGAAAAUGGAGAUAGUACUGCUGUAACAUCACCCGAAACAAAUAAUGCAUUGUUAAGUCCACCAUGUAAUCACUAUCGUCGUAGAAGUAGUGUUAUGUUUAGUGAUGUUGUUAUGUUACAUGGUGGAAGUGUUACAACAUUACCUGGUUCAAUUGGUCAACCAGGAUCAACUGGUGAACGUGUUAAUAUUUGUUCAAGUGAAAAAAUGACACAAACUGGUGAUGGUAAUGUUUGGUCUUUAUUUCCAACAAAUCAUUUGAGUAUACAGACAGAAUUUGGAACAAAUGAAGCAAUGACAUGCCAAGAAUUAUUGGCUCUAAGUGGUGCACUUAGUGCAGCAUUACCAACUGGACAAUUAGGGAGAGACUCAUUUCUCAAUUCACUUGCAAAAGGAAUAACUGGACGUGUUGCAUUUCGAGAAGAUCCAAGACAUAAUUAUGAUGAACAUGAUAAUUACUCUUGCUAUUGUGAUAUUUAUGAAAUGACUGGUAAUUGGCCAGAUGAAACAAUAAAUAAUUCAAAUAAAAAAUCAAAGCUACGUAAAUUUUUACGUGAAUGUGGAAAUUAUUUAUCAUGUGGAUUAUUUACUGUUAGAUGUUGGGUACAAAAAUUAGUUGAACAUAAAUAUUUUCAACAGGGUAUAUUAUUAGCUAUUUUAAUAAAUACUCUUAGCAUGGGAAUUGAGUAUCACAAUCAGCCUGAGGAAUUAACAGUUAUUGUUGAGAUAAGUAAUGUUGUAUUCUCAGCAAUAUUUGCUGUAGAAAUGUUGCUAAAAGUUAUUGCUGAAGGACCAUUUGGUUAUAUCAGCAAUGGAUUUAAUGUCUUUGAUGGUAUUGUCGUUAUACUCAGUGUUGUGGAACUGUGCCAGUCAUUUACAGCAGAAAGAGGAGGAAAUUCUGGUUUAAGUGUACUACGAACAUUUCGAUUACUGAGAAUUUUAAAACUCGUACGAUUUAUGCCAAAUUUAAGACGACAAUUAUUCGUCAUGUUACGAACAAUGGAUAAUGUUGCUGUAUUUUUUUCUCUUCUUGUACUCUUCAUUUUUAUAUUCAGCAUACUAGGAAUGUACCUGUUCGGUGGUAAGUUUUGCAUGUGGGCGGAUCGAAGUCGACCAUGCACCUGUGCUGAGGUUGUAUCACAUCAUCCAAUGUGUCGCUGUGAUCGUAAACAUUUCAACGACAUCAUCUGGGCACUUGUCACUGUUUUUCAGAUACUUACACAAGAAGAUUGGAAUGUUGUACUUUUUAAUGGUAUGCAAAAAACAUCACAUUGGGCUGCACUUUAUUUUGUUGCUCUAAUGACAUUUGGAAAUUAUGUAUUGUUCAAUUUACUUGUGGCAAUUCUCGUCGAGGGUUUUUCUUCAGAGAGAAAUGAGAGACGUGAAAGAGAGCAAAGGGAGCUUGCAAAGCUUGCAUUAAAAGAGGGUAUGAUUGGAAGUGAAGAGGGAUCGAGUUCAAGGAUGUCAGGAUCUCAUUCAAUAACUGACAGUGAUACCUACACACCUCAGGAUCGUAAAAAUUCAUGGCAAAGUGUUGAUGAUCUACAAAAAUACAAAGAUAAUUAUACUCGUGAUAAAAAAAAUCGUACAUGGAAAGCAUCUGGAAUUGAUGAGCUUAAAUGUAACAUACAAAAAGAGAGUAAAAUGAUGAAUAUUGCUGGUCAACCACCAACAAUAACACACACUGCAGCAACACCCCAAGAUUCACCAAAUACUACCCUUGACACUGGCUACAGAGACCUUAAUUGUCGGGCAAUUUAUCCAAUCAACCUGUCAAUUGAAUCCAUUGAUCGUUCAAGUAGUCAAUGUAGUAUAACAUCAGGAUAUUUAAAACUACCAGAUAAUAAUAAUCACAAGUAUGCAACGAAUAAUUUAAUAAUGAGUAAUCAAUUAUCAAGAAAAAUAAAUUCCAGUAUUGUUGCUUAUCCAACAAUAUCAUCACCAAUAAGAGAAUUAACAAAUUCAACUCCACCAAGAAUACGUCGUGGUUAUUCUUGGCGUUUAUCAAGACCAUCAACAAUACGUAAAAAACGUUGGUCACAAAGUGAUGAUAAUUAUACUGGUAUAUUAAACAAUGGACGUAGUAUGAUUGGAUCAAAUUCAGGACUUUGUUCUGUUGAAUAUAAUGGUUAUAACAAUGCAUCAUCUCGUAAUGAUACACAUGGUAUUUUAUCAAAUAAUCAUUCAACAAUAAUAUCACCACAAAAUUCAAGUCUAAGUCAAAAUAAUUCAAUUAGAAGUAAUAGUUUAUCAAUUGGACAAUGUUACACAACUUCAAAUCAGAUGAGAUGGAUCGAUGAUCUUUCAAGAAGAAGUUCAUUGCGCAGUUAUGAUAUUGUACAAGCAAGAAAAGUGUUACCAUAUGAUGAUAUACAACAGGGUUCAACAUCAAGAACAAUUAAUAAUUUAACAAUUGAUACUGGUGCAUUACCACGUAUUAAAAGAAUAUCAAAUGAUUAUGAUAAUGAUAGAUAUUCAUCACCUGGUGGAGGUGUAAGUGGUGGUGUUGAUGGUGAUGAACAAACAACACCACCAUCAAAUGGUAGUAUUGCAAGUAGUGUUGAACGUAUUAAAAAAAUAUUCAUGUUUUUUGAACCAAGAGGUUGUCUAAAAGAACGUGAUGAUUAUUCAUUAUAUAUAUUUCCACCAAAUAAUAAAUUUCGUGAAUCAUGCCGUUGGUUUGUUGAACGUAAAUGGUUUGAUAAUUUAGUACUUGCAUUUAUUGGAUUUAAUUGUAUAACACUUGCUAUGGAACGUCCAACAAUAUCAUCAGAUAGUCGUGAAAGAAUAUUUCUAGCCACUGCCAAUUAUGUUUUUACUGUUGUAUUUGUUAUCGAAAUGUUUGUUAAGGUUGUGGCAUCAGGAAUGUUGUAUGGUUCUGAUGCUUAUUUUAUGUCUGGAUGGAAUAUAAUGGAUGGUGCACUUGUAAUAAUAUCAAUUGUUGAUUUAUUAAUGUCACUAAUAUCAUCAAGUAGUCCACGUAUAUUUGGAAUACUAAGAGUAUUUCGUUUGUUACGUUCAUUACGUCCAUUACGUGUUAUAAAUCGUGCACCUGGUUUAAAACUUGUUGUUGAAACAUUAUUAUCAUCAUUAAGACCAAUUGGAAAUAUUGUUUUAAUAUGUUGUACAUUUUUUAUUAUUUUUGGUAUAUUAGGAGUACAAAUGUUUAAGGGUACAUUUUAUUAUUGUGAUGGUCCAGAUAUUAAAAAUGUUAAAAAUAAAACAGAUUGUCUUGCUGAUAAAAGAAAUGUUUGGAUUAAUCGUAAAUAUAAUUUUGAUGAUCUUGGCAAGGCACUUAUGUCUCUGUUUGUUUUAUCAUCAAGAGAUGGUUGGGUUAAUAUUAUGUAUACUGGACUUGAUGCUGUUGGUGUUGAUCAACAACCUGAAGAAAAUUACUCGGAAUGGCGUUUAUUAUAUUUCAUUGCAUUUAUUUUACUUGUUGGUUUUUUUGUUUUAAAUAUGUUUGUUGGUGUUGUUGUUGAAAAUUUUCAUCGUUGUCGUGAAGAACAAGAAAAAGAAGAACGUGUACGUCGUGCAGCAAAACGUGCAUUACAAAUGGAAAAAAAAAGACGUAAAAUGCAAGAACCACCGUAUUAUAAAAAUUAUUCAAAACCAAGAUUAUUUGUACAUAAUGUAUGUACAUCAAAAUAUUUUGAUUUAGCUAUUGCUGCUGUUAUUGGUCUUAAUGUUGUUACAAUGGCUAUGGAAUUUUAUAUGAUGCCAAAAGCAUUAACAUAUGUAUUAAAAAUAUUCAAUUAUUUCUUUACUGCUGUAUUUAUACUUGAAUCAUUAAUGAAACUAUUGGCAUUGGGUAUACAAUUAUAUUUAAAAGAUAAAUGGAAUCAAUUGGAUAUUGGAAUUGUCAUAUUAUCUGUUGUUGGAAUUGUUUUAGAAGAACUUGAAUCAAAAAUUAUACCAAUUAAUCCAACAAUUAUAAGAGUCAUGAGAGUUUUACGUAUUGCAAGAGUUUUGAAAUUAUUAAAAAUGGCUAAAGGAAUAAGAGCACUACUUGAUACGGUGAUGCAGGCAUUACCACAAGUUGGAAAUUUAGGUUUAUUAUUUUUUUUACUUUUUUUUAUAUUUGCUGCACUUGGUGUUGAAUUAUUUGGACGUCUUGAAUGCAGUGAUGAUGUACCAUGUCAAGGUCUUGGUGAACAUGCACAUUUUAGUAAUUUUGGUAUGGCAUUUUUGACUCUAUUUAGAGUUGCAACUGGUGACAAUUGGAAUGGUAUUAUGAAAGAUACACUUCGUGAUGAUUGUGAUGAUUCAACAGAUUGUAUUAAAAAUUGUUGUGUUAGUACAGUUAUUGCACCAAUAUUUUUUAUAAUAUUCGUAUUGGUCAGUCAAUUUGUGCUGGUCAAUGUUGUAGUUGCAGUAUUAAUGAAACAUCUUGAAGAAAGUCGUAAACAAAUGGAAUAUGAAUUAAAAAUGGAACAUCUUGAAGAAAGUCAUAAACAAAUGGAGGUAGAACUUGAUAUGGAAAUGCAAUUAGAAAGAGAAUUAGCUGCUGAACAAGAAGAACUACUUGAAAUGGCUGAAGAUAAUGUUGUUAAGCUAAUAGAAGCUGGUGAUGACAUUGAUGAUGAUAUACUUGAUAAAAUAAGACGUCAAGAAAUUGAUAAAUAUCGUAUAUACAGUGAUUAUGAUAAUAAAAGUGUACGUGAAUAUAAUAGUGAAUUUUUUAAACAACAUUUAUAUGGUUAUUAUAAACCAGGUCUAUCAAAAGUACGUUCAUUACCAUCAAAUUUUAUUUAUAAUCCACCAACUGAAAGAAUAAUAGAAGAUUCAAUAGGAAAAAGACGUGGUAGACGACGUAGUUCAUCAUAUCGUGGUUAUCGUCAACAAAAAGUUAAACUAAAACGUCGUCAAACAUUCCAUACACAACAACAGGGUCCGUUACUAUUAGAAAAUCCAAUAAAUUUAAAAAAAAUACAAUUGAGUAAUUUAAGUGUACCAAUAAUAAUAUCACAAAAAAAUUUAUCACCAUAUGCAAGUAAAUAUUUAUCAACAAAAAAUAAAACAAACAAUGACGAUGAAGAUGACGAUGAUGAUGAUGAUGAUGAUGAUAAAAGUGAAUUAAUAAUACAAAAUAAUAAUGAUAAUCAAUUAAAUACAAAUAGCUAUUCAAUUUGUAAAAAUAAUAUAAAUAAUAAUAAUAAUAAUAUGUCAUUAUUAAUUGAUGAUAAAUCAUCAAAUUAUUUACUAAAAGUUAUUGAUACACCUGAUAAAUUAAAUUAUACAGCUAAAAGUUAUAGACCAGAUAAUACAACUAAAAAUAUAAUUGAUCUUGACGUUCAUUCCGUGAUUAACGAACGGAGACCGUCCAAAUACAAGAACAAUGAUAAUAUUAUUAAUAAUGUUAAUAAUAAACAGCAAUUUUCAUCAUCUCAGGGUACUAAUAAUAUUGAUGAUUUUAAUAUUGCAUCGAGUUUUAAUAAUGAUUAUUCUUUACCUGGUACAAGUAAUUUAACAAUACAAGAAAUUGAUAAAAUAAUAUGUAAACAAGUUAGUGAUCUUGAAGCUGAAGUUAAAAUUUAUGUUGAUGAAGAUGUUGAAGAUUCAUCAAUGGGAAGUACAGAUACACAUAAAAGUAUUAGUAUUAUUGUUGAUCCAAAUGGUUAUUUAGAAAAUACUUGUAUUAAUGAAUUUUCACAAAUUGAUGAUUUAAUUUAUCAAAGAAAAUUUGAUGAUACAUGAAAUGAUCCAUCAAUGAUAGAUCAAUUAAUAUGUGUAACAAAAAAAAAAACAAAUUUUAAA